CGUAGAUAAACUUCCCGACAUUUCUCUCCUCUCGGAAUACAAACGCGAUGCUUCUCCGUCACUGGCUUCCCUCACAGGCAGCGGGACACAAGCGCUGACAACCCUCUGUGUCGUUUUGCUGCACAUCAGGACUACAUCACUGCUUUUAUUUUUAUCAAGUUUUUCUGUUUUGUCUGGUUGUUAAUGCGCGAAGAGGCAUUCUCGGCUCUCAGUUUUUCCCCCCCACAAUGUCGGACGGCCGUUUGAGCUUUUCGGUGUGAGUCGCUUGAUGCGGGAAGAUAUCUUUUUCCUUUUCUUUUCGUGUGCCCCAUCUUCUUCUUCUUCUUCUUCUUCUUCUUCUUUUGUUUGUUUGCACUCCGUAGAGGGUUGCGACAGCCUCGGAAUGUGUCCCUUCCUCUCGGUAGCUUUCAUGUAACUGGUGUCGUCCAACUCUUCCCAGCGGGAUCUGCUACUGGACAAGCGGACUUGAACGUAAUUCGUCGUAAAUGGAUCGCCGCUCCACUUUCAGUUGCAUUUGGCUUCAGUUGGAACUCUGUGCCAUGGCGGUUCUGCUCACUAAAGGAGAAAUAAGGUGUUACUGUGAUGCGCCUCAUUGCGUGGCCACGGGGUACAUGUGCAAGUCGGAGCUGAACGCCUGCUUCACCAAGGUCCUGGAUCCGCUCAACAGCAACUCUCCACUUACACAUGGGUGUUUAGAUCCGGUUGCCAAUGCUGCCGAUGUUUGCAACAACUUAAAGAGCACAGAUCUCCUCGCCGGGAUGUCAUCCUCAGCCCUGGAGUGCUGCCACGAUGACAUGUGCAAUUACCGAGGCCUGCACGACCUGGCACACACCAGAGAAUCAACAGAUCAUGGCCGGUACCAGCCUGAGAGCAACAACAGGAACCUGGUGACCCGGGUCCAGGAGUUGGCCUCGACCAAGGAGGUGUGGUUCCGAGCUGCAGUAAUUGCGGUGCCCAUUGCCGGUGGCCUAAUCCUGGUGCUGCUUAUCAUGUUGGCCCUGCGCAUGCUCCGCAGUGAGAACAAACGGCUGCAGGACCAGAGGCAGCAGAUGCUGUCGCGGCUCCACUACAGCUUCCACGGGCACCACACAAAGAAAGGCCAUGUGGCCAAGCUGGACCUGGAGUGUAUGGUGCCCGUCACGGGCCACGAGAACUGCUGUCUGACCUGUGACAAGAUGAGACAGGCUGACCUUGGCAACGACAAGAUCCUGUCUCUGGUGCACUGGGGGAUGUAUAGCGGCCACGGGAAGCUGGAGUUUGUAUGACUUCCCGCCAGGACUAAGUGACUGUGACUUUCAUCUCCCCUCCUUUUCUGCCUGAAAAAUAUGGCCAAGACUGCUCCUCGCUCAUUCGGUUUUCCUGUUUGUUUGUUUUUACUUUAAAAAAAUGUCCCACCUUUUUUAUCCACUGUAACUGUUUAUUUUUUUUUCCCAAUGGCGAAAGAAAAGACAAGACUGAUCUCAUGCCGUGUGGUUUUUGCUAAAGGAGCACUUUACUUGAAAAUGAAAGGUAAACCGACGAGGAGCUGAUUUUAAACUUGAGAGAGCAGAACUGAGACGGGGAGAAAGGCUUGCCUGAGGAUCCUGGACUUCACACUGAGCGCUGAAGGAUUCCAAAUCUCUUAUUUGCACAUUUGUAAAAAAAAAAACAAAAGAAAACAAAAAAACAACAAAAAACAAACAGAACUUAAAGGUUGUCUUUGCGUAAAGGAAGAAGAAUUUAACACUGACACCAGGGUACUAAAUGGACAUGUUUGAGGAGUAAAAAAAAAAACAAGAUAACAAAUCAGCGUUUGACUGUAGGUGUGCACACUCCUCUGUGUAUGUUUCAUGAUUCAAGCUUGUUGGAAAGAUAUAUUAGUCUGAUAGACUGAACAAUGUGUGUCUUGUUUUGGGUGAAUGUCCAACAUCUCUUUGUGAUCAGACUAUAAGCUUGAUAGUGAGUGUGAAAGACAAAAAAACAUCCAUUAAAAGUGACUUUUUAUUUAUAAUGAUUCACUCUUCAGUUUUUGUUGUAAUAUUUUUUCUGGUUAAACACAGAGUAAGAGAGGGAAAGGUAUAGUUCAUAAUAAUCUAUGUUUUCAGUCAUUCCAUCAGCAAAAGCAAUUGAUGGCAAGUGAAAAUUUCUCGUAUAAGUCAAGAAAGUCAAGCUUUGCUUUGGUGUGUGUGUGUGUCAGGAUUUGUAACGAGUAAGAGCACGGUAGUCUUGUUCGAUGUGUGAGAACAAGGUAGGAGGUGUGGACUUGGCACUGGCUGUGUGUGUGUUGGAUCUGACAGCGAGGCCUUGUUUUACAGUAGUGCCGUACAUCUGACUCAGUCUCCAGUAUUUUAUACUAACCCAAAUGCCAGUAAACCCUCCUCCACUCAGCUUUCCUGGUUUGUAACUCCGCAAAAACACUAACUCUCCUGUACCCAGAUGGGUGACAUGGAAGAUGGAUCCCAAGCAAACUUUAAUGCCACAUGCUGAGAUUCUUGUCCCAGUCUGAAACAUGUCUAAACCAACAGGCGGGGACAUGUCUAUCACUUUGGUAAAGGGAUGCAAAAGGCGAUGCUCAGCAUUGAAAAUCUGUCCAAAAAAAAAACUCAAAAUACACGACAAUGUCAACUUAUCGUGAAUAUAUGUUCACACAUAUCAUUAGCACAAAGUAGUUUGAGUCCAGAAAUGUUGAUGGUAGGCUUACACGACUCACUGUAUUAGAAUCAAAAUACAAGUCGGACUGGCACAAAUAAAAUGAAAAUAGACACCGA